AUGACUGGUAGUACUGUGAUUAUUGAACUUGUUGGACGUCUACUUGCUAUGCUUCUGCAUAUUCUGGGUUUAUAUCUUCUUCAAAAUUCACGUUACAAUAAUGAAAAUCAAAAACUGUUGCUAACUCAUUUAAGUUUAUCAGAAGUUCUGCUGUGCCUAAGUGGUGCCCUGAAACAUGUUCUGACAUAUCUCAACGCAGACACAGCAGCAUUUUAUGUCUUUGCAUUGAAAAACACUGGAUUUUCUACGUUAUAUUACUUUAUGAUGUUGGCAUUGACUGUUGAUCGUUUUUGUGAGUUUUAUCUCAACAUUCGCUAUCCAAUAAUAUGGAAUUCCACCAAAACAAAGUACAUAAUGGGAUUAAUAUGGGGUCUCAGCACAUUGUUUUGCCUUGUUAUAGUUUUAUAUAUACCAUCAAAUUCUAAUAUGGUAUACCUUAUCAGUUCGUUAUAUGUCUAUCCAGGAUGCGAGAUUUUAUGCAUGGUAGCUAUUGUAUUUACUUACGGGUAUCUAUUUACAAAAUUACGUAAAAGUCGUCGAGUGAGACAUACGGCCAGUUACUCUUCAUCAGCACCAGAUUUCCCAUCUACAACAUCUGGAAAUUCAAACAGUAAAAUAGUCAUCAAAAAACCAAAAAGAUUUUUCGUGCCAACAUUAAUCAUAUCGACAUUUCUUAUUUUCAUGUUAUUACCAGAUCAAAUAUACUUCUACUUAUAUCUUAGAGGUAUUGAGGUAUCUUCAUUUGUUCACGAUUUGUUUGCAAUAAGUUACUGCAUUGCGUAUGCAUCUGAUGCCAUUGUUUACAUAUUUCUGUCUUCGCAGGUGCGAAUGACAUUACUUAAAAAGAUUAGGCUUCGAAAUUACACUUCAUAA